GACGCCUCUCUGUGUCUGUUAUACUCGGUUCUACUGUGCACAUACAGGUCUGACUCCAGCAGCUCUACUCACUGAUUCUCCUUCAACGUUUCGUGCAGAGUUUACAUCAGAAACAGUUUGUUAACCAGCAGGAAGAGACUGUUGUUGUUCUGCAGAAACAUUGUUGCAGUCUGACUGGAAACAAUGGAGAAGAUGAAGAUGGGAACAGCAUUGAUUUACAAUGAAGAGAUGACCAAAUACAAACUGCUCUGGGUCGACCCCGUGUGUAAGAUCGAGGUACCCGAGCGUCUGACAGUGAGUCAUGAAGCUUUGAUAAAGACCGGUCUUGCUGGCCGUUGCGUCUCUGUUCCCGUCCGCGAGGCGACGGAUGCAGACAUCCUGCUGGUUCACAGUGAGGAGUACUUGGAGGCAGUGAAGAAGACCCCCUAUAUGACUCUGGAGGACCUGAAGGAGUUCACCCUGCUGUAUGGGGACGUCUACUUCCACCCGAACAUCUAUCACUGUGCCAAGCUGGCUGCAGGCGCCGCACUGCAACUAGUGGACAGUGUCAUGACGGGGAAGGUGAGGAACGGCAUGGCUCUGGUCAGACCACCAGGACACCACAGUUUGCGCAGCGCUGCCAACGGAUUCUGUGUGUUCAAUAACGUGGCCAUAGCAGCUCAAUAUGCCAAGCAAAAACACGGGGUCAAAAGGGUGUUGAUAGUUGACUGGGAUAUACAUCACGGUCAAGGGGUGCAGUACUGUUUUGAAGAUGAUCCAAGCGUGCUCUACUUCUCAUGGCAUCGCUACGAGCAUCAGAAAUUCUGGCCUCAACUUAGAGAAUCAGACUACGACAGCGUCGGCAAAGAGAAAGGGGCAGGAUUCAAUAUAAAUGUACCGUGGAACAAAGUAGGAAUGAAGAACAGUGACUAUCUUUCAGUCUUCUGUCACGUCCUCCUGCCGGUCGCAUACGAGUUUAACCCAGACUUGGUCCUGGUGUGUGCAGGCUUUGACUCAGCCAUCGGUGACCCUGAGGGUGAAAUGUGCGCCAGCCCCGACGUCUUUGCCCACCUCACUCACCUCCUGAUGAACCUCGCAGGAGGGAAACUGUGUGCUGUGCUGGAGGGAGGAUACAACUUGACUUCCCUCUCCCAGUCUGUGUGUCAAACUGUUCAAACUUUGCUCGGAGAUCCUGUGCCUCGACCUGCAAACCUGGACGGUCCCUGUACAAGUGCACUUGAGACCCUUCACUGUGUCCGGUCAGCUCACAGGCCGUACUGGUCCUGCCUCAAACAUGCAGCUGAGCUGCCCUCCUCGGAUGUCAGCACAAAGCGCGUCAAAUUAGCAGAAGAAGAAGAAGAAGAUGAAGAAAGGCUGGAGAAAGGAGAAGAGGAGAAAAGUGCAGAGGAAAAGGUGUGGCCAGAGCCUCCGAUACGUGUCACUCCUCCUGUUCGCACUGCUUUAGUCCUCCCUGAUGGUGCGGCCACUCCGGAUGGAUGUCAACGCUUCAGCUCAUCAGAGGAUCCAGUCACAGUCAACAAACUCAGGGAGAAUUUCCUCAAAGAUGCAGACGACAGCGAUGCAACUCUCACAACUCUCUCCAGUCUUAUUGCCCUCGUAGAGAAGAUGGAGAAGAAUGAGAUCUGCAAUGGCUUGGCGCUGGUUCCUGACGUCUCCAUGGCGAUGAUGUGUGUUGUCCAGCAUGCUGCAACGGCUCUCAGCAACCGGGUUUUGGUCAUGUGUGUUGGAGACGCGGUGGUCCCGAGUCAAGUCACAGAGGACGGGAAAACACUCCUGGUGCAGUUCAGCAACAAGGAGUCAGAGGAACCGACGUGCAAAUAUCACAUCCCUGUGUGUCUGAAGAAGGGCUGCAGUGACGUGUCGGGGUUCACACAAGCUGUGUUGGGCCUCCUUCUGCCUCUGGGAUACGAGUACGACCCCAGUCUGGUUCUGUUGGUUCGGACGCCGGAUAGCGGGCUGUGUGACGGUGUGUGGCAACAACUAACAAGCCUGCUGCAGGGCCUCGCACAGGGACACACACUGGUGCUUAUGCAGGAAGGUGAGAGGUCGUGUGUCGGCCCCACAGCCUCGUCUCUCCUCGGGGACGCUGCCCCCGCUCUAGGACAGAUUCAUGCUCCUCUACCGGAGGACGUGGAGGCGCUGGAGAGACUGAGACACAGACUGCAGGCGGACUGGAAGCUACUGCAGAACACAGGAAACUCUGUCUCCUAAAAACAGCACCAGAAACUGGAGGAAGUGAAGAGCACUGAAGCCGAUCCUGCUGCUGUUUUUUGAAGAAAUCAGUUGAAGCACGUCAAUCAAAAGUCUUGAUACAAUUUUGUAUUUUUUUGCAAUGUUUUAUUGUCCAAACGCACCUUUUAUCAUUCACACUGUGCUUUAAAAUAAACUGGUUUUUUUUAA